UAUUACAGCUUUACCAUACAACACAGUUAAUAAAAAGAAAAAGGAAUAAUCAGGGAGAAUUUUCAGGAGAACUAUCUGAGAAUCUAUCAUCGGUCUCCAUUUUCUCCGAUGGCCGUCGGCAAUGAUCAAAGUUGAGCUCUAGUGUUGCUCUCCGACUUCGAAAACCUAUUGUUCCGGUAGCUUCUAGCAUUGACGCGAUCUCCCGAGGCAAGCGAGAAGAGAAACUAGGAUGACGUCGCCGGACAUUUCCGAUAUGCUGGACAAAUCGAAGGAGCUCGAUCGUCUGAGGAAGGAACAAGAGGAAGUACUCAUGGAGAUCAACAAGAUGCACAAGAAGCUUCAAUCUGCCCCUGAUGUGGUAGAGAAACCUGGUGACAAUUCAUUAUCAAAACUCAAACUAUUAUACACACAAGCCAAAGAACUUUCUGAGAGUGAAGUCAGUAUCUCUACUCAUUUGCUAGGUCAACUGGAUGCAUUAAUCCCUUCUGGGCCUCCAGGGCAACAACGGAGAAGAAUAGAAGGUAAUGAGCCGAAAAAGAAAAGAAUGAAGGCUGAUUCUGAUGUCACAAGGCUUUCUCCUAACAUGAGAAAUCAGCAGGAGUUCUUUGCUAACAUGAAGGGUGAACAAGUGGCGGCUAGGGUCAUUCAAGAGGAUGGUGAUAAGGACGAGUGGUUCAUUGUCAAAGUUACCAAUUUUGACAAAGAUACUAAAAUGUUUGAAGUUCUGGAUGAAGAACCAGGUGAUGAUGAGGAAGGUGGUGGUCAGAGAAAAUACAAACUUCCAUGGUCACAUAUCAUACCUUUCCCGAAGAGGAAUGAGCCCUCUAAUACUCCAGAUUUUCCUCCUGGAAGGCAAGUUUUGGCAGUUUACCCAGGAACCACUGCCCUAUACAAAGCGACAGUAGUCCAAUCUCGUAAGAGGAAGACCGACGAUUACAUUUUAGAAUUUGACGAUGAUGAAGAAGAUGGAUCUCUACCUCGGCGAUCAGUCCCCUUCCACAGGGUAGUCGCCCUUCCAGACGGACAUCGCCAGUAACUAGACACUAUUUAUGGUUGUCCACAAGACCAAGAAUCCAUAACUAGAGUACUAGAACUGCUUCUUGUGUGUAUCUAUGGAGUAUUUAUGUCAGUAUCACCCUCAACAACAUAGUAACCCGUCUGCAUCUAGCUCAAACGACAGACAUUGUUGUAUUAAUCAACUAUCCUGGCAUUGUAAUGUUCAAGUAAUACAAUUCGCUCCGUAUUUGUAGCCGUAUAUGUACAGCACACGGAGAAACUUUGUUCAAGUUACAUUUGCCUUUGAUAAGCUCUUUUCAGGAUGAUCAGGAAACUUGCAUUCAUUAUCCGAGGGUCAGCCUGUGACAAGCUUUUGUAAUGGGGAUCGGAGGAUCCGACCAUGUGCCAUUCACAAUCUGACUAGCAACCCAGUUGUUUGCAGCUUCCGAGUAAUGCACGCCAUCCCAGCUGACAGCCGCAGAUGGCUUCUCACAGGAUCCUGCAUAAACCUCAGUGUCGUUUAUCUUCGCCCUGUGCCCGCACCAAACAUCGUUUCUGGUAUCAUGAUAUCCACAGCAGAUCUUGAAUGGGUCUUCAAAUCCUGUAACAGACGAGGUUUGUUUAAAUAUUGUAAUAGAAUAAGGUAAUAUUUCUAGAUCCGACCAUGGGCUGUUUCUUUUGUUUUAUGCAUUGUUGGAUUCACUUCACCUACCACAUGCAACGUUCCUCCCUGCAAAUCUUGAACAAAACUGUCGGUAGUUUAUAUAUAAAUAAUUUCAUCACCGUC